AGAAACAGAACUUCACACAAUCGCGAAACAACCCGAGUGUGGAAUGUCUUUUUCAUCAUCCGAGCCGAGUUUGUAACUUUUCAUUUCGGUGUGAAUUUUUCGAAUCAUCGUGUACCAGUUUCCGCACUUGCCGCAGAAACGUUCCGCAGUUUGGCUAGCAGAGGAAAAGGCCUGAAUUUGAUCGAUUACGCGAAUGAGGAACAGUGUUUUUUGAUUUUCAUUCGAAGCGUUUUUCUUGUGUGUGACAAAAGGGAAGAAAAUUUUGCAAAACGCGAUUAUGUGAUUGCCGUCCGCUCUGCUGCGAGAUUGUAAGAGUGUGUGAGUGCGUGUACGAGAGAGAGAAAGGGCGAGCAGUGAUUGUUUUUCUCGCUCCGUCAUUGAGUUCGUUUUUCGAUUUUGUCGUCGGGAAAGUCGGGGGAGCUGCCAAAGAAGAAUAAAGGCCCCAAUCGGUGAAGAUUUUUCUUUUGAAGUGGUGAAAAGUUACGCUAGAAUCCCGCAAGGAUUCGGAAAAUCGUGCGAUUUAGUGCGCAAGAAGAAUCGAAUAAGCUUCGCUUGGUGGAAGAAAAUAAGCAGCCCUUUGAACUUCUGCUGGGUGACACAUUACCGUGAGGAGAACCAGCAGGAAAAAGUAACAAGAAGACAACUCAAUACACGCACGGUUCGCAAGGCAGCAAAGCGAGAGGAAGAAGAAGAAAAAGCACAUACAGAGAGCACAGUGUCCCCAAAUACCCUCCCCGAGGAGAGUGUGUGCGUGCGUGACGCAGCUGUGUGUGUGCAUCCGUAUACGCGCGGCCUCGAAGUGAAAAAUAAUGAGUCGCCAUGAAGGUGUGAGCUGUGAUUCGUGUUUGAAAAGCAACUUUCGUGGACGUCGUUACAAAUGUUUGAUCUGCUACGAUUACGACCUAUGCGCCAACUGUUAUGAGGAGGGAGCCACCAGCACACGACACUCCGCAGACCAUCCGAUGCAGUGUAUCCUGACGAGGUCCGAUUUCGAACUAUACUAUGGUGGGGAGGUGCUCACACCCGAUCAGCCACAGUCUUUCACCUGCCCGUAUUGUAAACGAAUGGGACUGAGCGAUUCCGCACUGCUGGAGCAUGUUAGUUCCGAUCACACCGACACAGGCCUGGAAGUGGUAUGUCCGGUCUGUGCAGCGCUACCUGGAGGCGAUCCCAACCUGGUGACAGAUGACUUUGCCGGACAUCUAAGCCUAGAACAUCGGAGCGGUUCACGGGAUCUUAUCUCAUUUUUGGAUGAGCCAUCAGCUAUCCGACAUGGAGGUGUACGGAGGAUGCCACAUUCUGGUCGGGCACUUGGAGGGCCCCGCUCGAGGCGAUCCAACAUGCACUUCAGCUCAUCAGGCGGUGGUCUAUCGACGCUUUCACCCUCCGGACGGGAAUCUGUGGAUCCCAUCGCCGAACUCCUGCAGCAGUUGUCCAGUGUUCGACGCGGUGGUGCCCCGCAGCCCUCACAGCUGCAGCAGCUUCAGAUGCAAAUCCAGUUGGAACGGCAGCAAGUUACGGCCGCUCGUCAACAGUUAGAGCGAUUACCGCGACGUCAGCAGCAACCAGCAGUGUCCUCCGCGACAAAUGCAACCGGUGGCAGUAAUGCAGCUGCCAAUGCCAGUGCAUCAUCCCAGCAGUCCAGUUCGAUUAUCACACUCAAUGCCACCGGUUCCCGUGAUGCACCGAUCGCAUCGUCGUCCUCGCUUCCGAUGGUAUCGUCCGGCAUUGGCACGUGCAACAUCCUUGGCGGUGUGACGGCUGCUGCUGCGGCGGCCGCUGCCCAGCAACAGUCACAGUUCUUGAUGGCACGUUUCAUGAUACCGACCCUCGAUGAUGCCGAACUAGCACAAUUGGAGCGUGAUAGAGCUGACAGGUCACAAUUCGUGCAAGCUUUAAUGUUGUCAACCAUCGCCAACAUCCAAUCGUUCAAUAAACCCGUCGUCGACGAGGACGUGACCGAUGAGUUGAAUUCAUUAAGUUUAGGCAUUGGCAGUAAUAACAAUAGUACGGUGAAUAAAAAUGUAAAAAAAUCAACCGGCAGCGAUGCCGAAGAACAGGAUGGUGCUGCAAAUUAUAACAGCAAAGAUGAGGGCAAUUGUGAUAAUCUAAAGCAGGUGGAAAGUGACGGUAGUUUGGCGGACGAGUUACAGAGUUUGCAUACCACACAGGUGCUACCACGUGGUGGUUCCGGACAGCAGCAUCCGGGGAAGGGUAAGUCUUCAUCUAAAUCAGGUGCCGGCGGAGGCGCCGGAGGAGGAGGAGGAGGUGGUAUCGACAGACGCUCACGCCAGCAACAACAGGCGGCCAAUGCUGCCAAAGCUCGUGAAUUAAAACAGGCCAACUCUUCGGCCAACACACCGUCAUCGAUGUCGUCAAAACACGUUCCCGAUUCUAGGUAGUGUUGUAUAGCAAACAUUAUUUAAAAUCACAGAGGUAAAAAAAUAUACAAGAUUAUUAUCAUCUAAAUAUUGUACUGAUAAUUCAAGCAGUGUAACCGCAAAUGGGGCAAGACGAGACUUUAAAGAAAACUACGAAUGAAAGAUUAAACUUUAAUUAAAUUAUGAAUAUGAACAGCAAAAACAUAAUUGCAAACAUAUAUAACACCUUAGGCAUUAUCAUUACUGUGUAAACAGACAAAAAAACAAGUGAAUAGAGAACAUUAUAACAGAAGACAAAAAAAACACUACUGCAAAAUAAUAUUUAUGGACAACAAAAAUCACCAGUACGUUCUAAACUCUACUUACGCGAUCCAACUCGUUGUCGGCUUUUUCAGUGUGUGUUGAGAAUUUAAACCGAGUGUCAAAGCACGAUCGUUUGUGCCGAUGUUACAAUAAAUAAACAAAAGUAUGAGACGAUUGCACGAUACACGAAACAUUUAAGCCAAUUCACUCAGUUACAUUUGUAACGUUCCCUCUACUUGUGGGGUAGCGAAAGUCACUACUUGCGCUCUACGAAAUGACUAGGUUUCGUAUAACAAGAUGUGUGUCCUCAAAUUAUUCCGUAUAUACUUGUGUUUUAUUAAGCUAGAUUGCUUUUGGUCGACAUUGCUCAGUUUCUGUCAUUGGUUUAGGAUUCCUGCUGCCACCAGGCACUUCCAUUCUUAGAAGUCGAGAUCACAAGCAUGCUCGACCAUAUGAAUUUUGUGUCAUCCUUCUGAUUCGUUUGGGUCUUAUCCAGUUCUGCCGAGUGAUGGUUGUUUGCAUCAGUUGCUGCCGGCUAACUGUAUACGAACCACUUUACUGCUAAAAAGAGACCGAUCACUUGCCCGGUUGGACUUUUAUACCUACUGUACCUGCUGAUGGGACUAUUCGUCAGUUUUACUGAUGGCAUUGGACUUUGAUCUGGUGGUGUGCUGUAAUUAUAGCCAGUUUUGCUGGUGGUGUCUGGCCUAGUCUGUCCCGUAAUUAUAUAUUGGCUCAAAUUUUCGGCCUUGAUGAAUUGUUCACUUUCAGGUAAUUUGGCCACGUCCUUAACUUUUUGAUUUUUUUGAUAGUUCAUUAAAGCACAUUUAUAAGGUUUCAUAGCAUUGCCCUGGGGAACUAUAUAUUAUUUGGUUGUUUAACGUAAAUAAACGGGUCUGGGUCGUUUGGCAUAAAGAACAUUUGGCAUAACAUUGCUUUAUUAAAAACAGGCAAGAAGGGAUAUAGUUCUGGGGAUGCCAAACGGCCAUUAUGCCACAUGAUCGGUAUGUCAAAUGAUCCUCUACCACGUCCUUAUGUCCCUCUCCCUAAAUAAACACACAUUCAAUUAACAUUUAUUGUAACAAAAGCAAUCGUAACACCGAGACGCUGAAUCACAGACGCGAUGAUGGAUUGAUUGAUGCACGAAACUUUAUGAAAACAAAAACUGUCUGUUACUCAGAAAUAGUUACGCAGAACAAAAAACGAAAUCGAACACUUGAGAGAAAGUUGUUUCUUUGUCCAAGAACACACAAUUACCUAUGGAGCAUUUCCAGUUCAAAACGAAAAUUAAAUCAAAUGGAAUUUUCGGACUAACUUUUUCCAAAGGAAAUUAUUUUUUUUUUUCAUAAAUAAAAGGAUUUUAAUGAUUUGAUAAAUUAUAAAAUAUUGACGAUACAACUUAGGGCUAGACUUCAGCUUUCUCAAGAAAACUUAUAAAAAAUCGAAGCGUAAGGUUUUGAGUAAAUCGGCUUUAUGUAUAAUCGAAUAUGGAUUUACUAUGAUCAUUUCUCUCAGUGUAAUUAAUUGGAACGUUUUUGAGUUAUAAUUUUUCAAAUAAUGAGAAAUCCUUUCAUAGGUCCCUUUCAAAACGCAAUCUUGGAAAUUUAAUAGUUUUUUUUUUUAUUUGAAAAGUCAUAUUGGAAAAACGUAGCGUCUACGCGAUUUGCGUGUUGGCCUGUAAAUGCUCUUCAUACAUGAAAGUGCUAAUCAAAGUAAAGAAGGAAAAGUACGCCAAUGUUUUCAUCAUUUUAAUCACGAUCAGCACGUUUUUCUGCGUUACAAACGGUCUGCCAAAGUGGAUGCGGAUUGCACUUUCUAUGUUUGGGUGCACACACCCAGACGCCUCCUCUGUAGGAUUCGCCCUAUUUCAGCUGAUUGGACCAUUUUGUGAAAACGGUUUGAUGACACAAUAGAGAAUGGGAUGUGAAAGUAGAUAUUAAUUUUUAACUGCAACAAGGAUAGAAAGGCAAACAAGUAUCUAGGACGUGGAUUAUGGGAUAGGUCAACCACAUUUAAGCGAAAUGAUCAAUUUAAACUAAAUUUAUGACGAAAAUAAUAAAUAUGAGGCAAAAA